CAUUUCCACAAAAAUAUGUCCAUUAGGCUGUCCAGUAACCAUGGCGCUCAUGUUACAAACAAAUAACGCAAUGAAGAAACGUAGAUUUUCUUUGGAAAGUGUGUCUGAUGGCUUCAAUACCGGUUCGCUGAAUUGGUUGCUUCACGCACGCUAUGUCAGAGGAGAACAUUCGCUAUGUCUGGACCUGGCUGAUGAUCUUCAGAAAAAACACAACAAUAAACAUAGAUAUGCUCAUUAUAUAAAGGGUUCCGUACUGGCUGACGCUGGCAGGCUGCAGGAAGCAUUGGAGAGGUAUCACAGCUGUAUACGUCUCCAUCCCCAGGAUCCUGAGCCUUUGAAACAAGUUGCCAACUGUUUGUCACGCCAGCAUCGUUUCCAGCUGUCACACGAGGCGUACUUAGAAGCCGAUAAGUUGACGAAACAUCCGGAUCCUGAUAUAUACUGCGCUCUAGCGGAAUGUUCUUGGAACUUGGGCGAGCUGGAUCGAGGAGUGGAGUGGGCACGGUCUGCGGUGCAGGCGGGAGGCGGGGAGCGAGCUGCCGCCCUCCUUGCCAAAUUGCUACUUGCCCGUAACGACGUGCUCGGUGCUUUAGCAGCGUACGACCAGGCAUUGACUACACAUGCAUGUGGGGCAGACACUUUAGCAGCUGCGGGGGCGUUGAGGUUAAGGGCUGGUGACCCUCGACGGGCCUUCCAGCUCCUCGGUGCAGCCUUAGCCCAGCAGCCUACACAGCAUGCAGCAGCCCUAGCUCUUGCAGCUAUGAUGCUCCAGCAUAAGGACUUGGACGCGGCUCUAGCGAGACUGAAGGCGGCCCUAACUGCGCAUCCGACGUGCGUGGCAGCUCAUGCCAAUUUAGGAAUGGCUUUGUUGGCGAAGAAGAAGUAUAUUGCUGCCCUAACGUGCCUACAACGCGCGUCAUGGGCGGCGCCGCUGAGCGCGCGCGCGGCGCACGACCUGGGCCUGGCGCUGCUGGUGUGCAAGAGACCAGCCUCCGCAUUCUGCAGGCUCGCCACCGCAGCCGCCUUGCAGCCUUUUCAACCCUAUACGGUCCUGCUGAUAGGAAUUGCGUUGGAACGCUUAGAAGACAGCCGAGCUGAUGCCGCUUACGCCCGCGCAGUAGACCUGGCGAGUGACGACCCCCUGAUCAGACUCAACCUCGCGGGCAGGCACGCGAGGGUCGGCCGCCUGGCUGAGGCUGUGGAGGAAGCUGAUGUAGCCGCUGAUUUACUGCAGAAGGAGGAGAAACGUGACGCUCAGCUUGCCAGUUGUCUGGCAACUCUUCAAGCGUUGCUCAUCGAAGCUGGAGCAGAGCUGACUCAUCCACCAGCUUCUAUCCCUGAUGCUGACGACGACGAUGUCACAGCCCAAGAAGGAGGAGAGGAGGAACAGUUUGCACCCGACGAAGUUUAAAUACAAAUGGUGUUAUGAAGAGUGAAACAAAAGAACGCACCGCAAGCUUGGUCGUGCUGCCGCCAUUAAUACUAGGCUACGAUGAAUUAUAUAACGAUUCUAAAGAUGACCAAAAAGGUCAGAAUACCAACCAGGCCCCUAAAGUAGACCCGUCACGCACCAUGAUAGACGUCAAAGGCAGAAGAAAUUAUAGAACUAUACUAAAAGAAAGAAAAGCCAAAAAUGGUACCAAACCGCUCUUAAGCAAUAACCCAGCUGCUGACCCGACAAAUUACCAAGAUCGUUGAUAUCUAAUUGAAAUCGAUACCGAAAAUGUUGCUGUAUCGAGAAGUGUGAAUUGUGAUGUUUGAAUACGAAUAGGGGUUUUAUUUAAAAGUAUUUCUUAGUUUAUAAGUUCAUUAAUUUAUGUAUAGCAAUAUAGUUCAGAUUUUAUGUAAGUAUAAAGUGUUGCCAACAAUCUAAUUUAAUUUGUAGUUGUUGCCAUUUAAAUCAGCAAAUAGUGUGCAAUUAAACAUAAAACAUGAUAA